CGAGCGAGAGAGAGAGAGAGAGAGAGACAAACAUGUCGGCCGCCGCGCGAGUGACGGAGAUAACGAAGCGAAAGAGCGAAGGAGAAAGAGAGAGAGAGAGAGAGAGAGAGAACACGGCACGCAGAAUGCCGCCUCCUGCUUAGUGAUAGCGUAGAGACUGUAGUGUUCACAUCACACCACACACCUAACCAAAAUUCUCGUUCACCAUUUAAGGAAAGUUCGAUAUAUAUACACAAAUAUAUAUAUAUAUUAUAUAUUCGCACAAAUUAGUCAGUUAGUUUCUCAAACACGCACACUACAACCACUGACCGGUAACACGCACGCCCGCACACACGUAUUUAUACGUAUAUACAUAUAUAUAUAAUACAUAUAUAUAUAUAUAUAUAUUUGUAUGUAUAUUUUGUAUUCGCGUCGCGAGACAAGCUGAAGGGCGCGCCCGGCCGAAAAUCGGACGGGAGAAAAAGAGAGAGGAGAAAGGAAAGGAGGGUACUCUGCCGCGGGAAACGUGACUGAGUCUCGUCGAGAGGAAUUUCCGAAAGAGUAGAUCGCUCUUCGGAGAGGAGAGACACGCGGGAGCCGGAAGGGCAGCACCACCAGCAGGGUCCAGCGACAGCAGCGGCAGCCGGAAGGGCAGCGAGAGAGAGAGAGAGAGAGAGAGAGAGAGAGAGAGAGAAGAGGAGGAGGAGGAGGAGAAGGAAACGUACGGGCAGUAAAUACGAGAGAAAGGUCUCUCGGCCGCGACCUUUGACCCACCGCGACCUACCACGAGCUACCACGAGCCCUUGACGUUUCGAGCCCGGGCCGAGGAGGAUUCAACUCUCGUCACAGGACUCGUCAUCGGGAUCUUCGAUCUGACGGCCGCGGGGGUGGUGCAGCGCGACUGGGAGAUUGCAACAGGAGGAGGACUCGAGAAGGACACGACGAUUCUCCGUCCACACCCGCGUGUCUCUCUCUCUCUCUCUUCCUCGCCGUUUCGUGCACCGGAAGCGUGCGCUUCUGUAUACCUAAAACUCUGCCGCCGGAUCAUCGCGUGUGCGAGAAAUACGUGAAAGACCCUCGGAUCCUCGCGUCGUCUAAGCUCGAGCGAGAUCUCCCGAUUUUCUCGCUCGAUCGUCGCGCGGAGAGGCUUACGCCUCUCUCUCUCUCUCUCUCUUUUUUUUUUUUCCUUUCCACCCAUCUUCGACUCUCGCUCGUCAAGGGCGUCGUCUUUGUCGCCGAAGUUUCCUCGUCGUUGCAGCGACAUGGGCGGAUGUACUUCGAAGGAUACCACGUCGGGCGACGAUAAAAAGAGUAACAACAUGGUGGACGCAGCGGUUCUGGACAAACUGGAAUCCGGCUAUACGAAGUUGGUCGAGUCCGACAGCAAAUCGCUGCUAAAGAAACAUUUAACCAAAGAGAUCUUCGAUCAGCUCAAGACCAGAAAGACCUCAUUUGGUUCUACUCUCUUGGACGUUAUUCAAUCUGGUUUGGAGAAUCAUGAUUCUGGCGUCGGUAUCUACGCGCCCGACGCUGAGGCGUACACCGUCUUCGCCGAGAUCUUCGAUCCCAUCAUCGACGACUACCAUGGUGGCUUCAAGACGACCGACAAGCAUCCGCCCAAAGACUUCGGUGAUGUCGACUACUUCGGCAAUCUCGAUCCCACCGGUGAAUAUAUCGUGUCGACUCGCGUGCGAUGUGGUCGCUCCUUAGAUGGAUAUCCGUUCAACCCGUGUCUGACGGAGGCGCAGUAUAAGGAAAUGGAAGAGAAGGUGUCCAGCACGCUGUCAGGCCUCGCCGGAGAACUGAAGGGUACUUUCUACCCGCUCACCGGCAUGAGCAAGGAAGUGCAGCAGAAGCUGAUCGACGAUCAUUUCCUCUUCAAAGAGGGCGAUCGUUUCCUUCAGGCUGCGAACGCAUGUCGUUUCUGGCCCACCGGACGUGGCAUCUUCCAUAACGACGACAAGACUUUCUUGGUCUGGUGUAACGAAGAAGAUCAUCUUCGCAUCAUUUCUAUGCAGAUGGGUGGUGAUCUUGGACAGGUAUACCGACGCUUAGUGACAGCGGUGAACGAGAUUGAGAAGCGGCUACCAUUCUCGCACAACGAUCGCUUUGGCUUCCUGACGUUCUGCCCAACGAAUCUGGGUACGACGGUGCGUGCCUCGGUGCAUAUCAAAGUGCCGAAACUCGCGGCAAACAAAGCCAAGCUUGAGGAGGUCGCAGCCAAGUACAAUCUACAGGUGCGCGGUACUCGUGGCGAACAUACCGAAGCUGAAGGCGGCAUCUACGACAUCUCUAAUAAGCGCCGUCUCGGUUUGACCGAGUAUCAGGCUGUGAAGGAGAUGAACGAUGGCAUCGCCGAGCUCAUCAAAAUCGAAGCCAGCCUCUAA